AUGCUUCAGACACAUGGCGGCCCCCAAGACAACCGCACCGAUAGCAACACGAGAGACGAUGAUAGAGGACAUGACCGAGCCAUGCACACUCUGUCGUUGCCCAAGAACCGCAGCACGGGAAACUUGCAUCUAUCAGCUGACCCGCCUGACCGAAACCGAUACCGAAUGUCCUUUGAGGCUUCAUCGGCCGGCAUCAUGGACCACGAUCCAAUCACCAGACCAUCUCCUAUUACAGACCACGAACACGGCUUGGGGCUCUCUGGCCUGCGCCGCAUACGACAGCAGCAUCCUCCUUCUCGAGCGCCGACCCUGCCUAGCUCAAAUGCCUCUUCACGCAGCCCUUCAGUUGUCACGCUUACCCGCUCUACCUCCAUGACUGCGAUGUUGAGCAGCUAUAGUACCACCGCAUUUGGGGGACCGCCCACGUCUCCCAGCUUUUCCGAAGACUUGUCGCGGUUUCCCUCUGAAUCUCUGCACUCCUUCUCCUUCGCGCACCAGUCGGAAGACUUUUUACACAACCGCCAAAAUGUCCUGAAGCGUUCACUGGAGUUUAUGAAAGACCGCAUGGGUCUGUCCAUGACCUCGACACAAGCCGGCCUCGCCAGCGCCCAGGCCAGAGUUUCGGGCGACGUCGACGCGCAGCAUAUGCUGGAACUACUUGCGCGAGCCCAGGUUAUAGGUGCUGGAAAUCUGCCAAAUCCCGAUCCUUCAGCCAUCGUUGCUCCGCCAUUGACCGGCCCAGCUGACCUACCUGCCGAGAAUGUGUUUGAGAAGCAGUUCAGCCCGAGGGCGUCUAUAUCGGAGUCGAUAGCAUCUGAUCUCGCACAAGCAACUUUACAAAGAAGUUCAAGUAGAACUCAACCUGAUGACAGCGGGCUUACUUUGAAGACGUCGUCAUCCGCUACAAGACCCACGAGCUUGAAACGGACAAUGACUGAUACUCUAGGCAUGGCUUUACAAGAUAAGUUGAUGGAUACAAUGUCUCAGCCCUUUCUUCCCGGCGAGCCUCUUUAUGAAGAGCCACUUUCUUCCCCUGUAGCGACCCAACCGGCCGUGCCACUCAAGAGCUUCCCUGCUGCCGUCGGCCCGGCAGUGCAUGGCCAUACGAACAGAUGGGUACCAGCCGCGCAAGCGAUUUUCACAACAGAAGCUAAGCCACCAUGGACUAUCUUAGCGGCCAAUGAUCUGGCUUGUCUGGUUUUUGGCGUUACAAAAGCAGAAGUUCGAAAGAUGGGCAUUCUGGAAGUUGUGCAAGAAGAGAGAAGGGCAUGGCUUGAGAAGAGGCUUUUGCAGUUAAAUGACGCAGACAUGGAUGAGGACGGCGAGGGAGGCCACAAAACCACUCCGGCUGCUUCAGCUGCGUCUGCGUUGCUGGGUGGCAGAUCGGGAAUUACAGCCCAGCUCCUGAGCAAGCCCAGCUCGAGGGCACAACCGUCGCAAUCCCCUAGACGCGCCCAGACAGUUCACAGCGGAGACCCAAACCCGCCAGCUACACGUACCAGCGGUCACCAUCGCAACAACCUCUCACGUGGUGUCUUACUGUGCGGCGACGUCGUUCCGAUUCAGAAACGCAAUGGCGCCACUGGAUCAGCAAGCCUUUGGGUUAAGGAAAAGCGUGUGGGGCUCAUCUGGGUACUCGAGGAAAUCCACGAGGACGUGGCUAAUAUUGUGUUGGACGAGGAGGGCAUCGUACAGUCCGUUACGGGAGCAACCGAGCCAAUCUGGGGUGUGAAUUCAAUAAAACCGGGAUUUGAUGUCGCGAAACUUAUUCCACGUAUCCCACGGCAAGGCAUUGACCCGAACGAGGGCGAAAUUGACUUUGCCCAGACUUCUCGAAGACGAUACUUUACCUGCCCCAACUCUCACAAGUCUAAUGUUCCAUGCGCCAUUGAGCAAGUUCGCGGCAAGCUAGAGUUACGCGUUUCAACUUUCCCUCAUAUGGCUGGCAUAGUUGUGGUAGAGCCAGAAACGUUGAAGAUUCGAAGCUCAAACUCUGUCUUUUCUGGCGCAUUGUUUGGUUACGAAAAGCCUGAUGGAAUGCCUAUAUAUUCUCUCAUCCCCGACUUCGACAAGAUCCUUGCUACGCUAACCGAAGAAGACGGUCUCCAGCUCUUGGAUGGUAUGGUAGUACCUGAACACAGAUUCCGCAGAGCAGCAGCAUUUUUCGCACUGAAAGAACAACGCCCCAACGCUGCCGCAGCAUUUCUUCAACCUGAGGGUAUACCAGCAAGACAUCGAGACGGCUCAGAAUUGAAAAUUGACGUGCAGAUGCGCGUUGUUGAAAGCGAAAAGCAUACCGAUAUUAUCGAAGAAAGCGAGUCAGAGACGGCAGAAACACACGAUAGAGUGGGCUCUGUGUCGCAAUCGGAGAUGGUCUUUGCCCUUUGGAUUACAUACUCACGACACCUCCACACUUCGCCCAUGAAUUUGAAUAUGGAGUCUCCCGAUCAUCCAUUGAUUUUAACCCCCCCUCAUCAGCCUUCACCAGGCCAGACUCCUGCACACACCCCGAUGGAGAUACCUUCCGACUCUGACGACUCCAAGAUCGAGGCUUCGAAACAGCCAAUUAUGUCGAUUGCCUCUGCAAUCCCAAAACAGCUCAAGGAUGCCGCGCUUGAUGCCGCUGCAAAGUUGACCGGGCACGCCAAGCCAGAGCCACCAAAGGCAGCCGAAAAACCAGAACCUGCCAAGGCAGAUGAGCCUGACCGCAAAACUACCAUUGACGAUUACACCAUCCUUGAAGAUAUGGGCCAGGGAGCCUACGGCCAAGUGAAACUUGCUCGGCACAAGACGACAGGCAAGAAAGUUGUGUUGAAAUAUGUGACUAAGCGUCGUAUUCUCGUCGAUACCUGGACUCGAGACAGGAAGCUCGGAACAGUCCCCUUGGAAAUCCACGUCUUGAACUACCUACGAAACCCCGAAUUUCGACACCCUAAUAUUGUGGAAAUGGAAGGUUUCUUUGAGGAUGACAUCAACUACUACAUUGAGAUGGCUCCGCAUGGUCUUCCUGGCAUGGAUCUGUUCGACUAUAUUGAGCUCCGUGCCAACAUGGACGAGGCUGAAUGCCGAAGCAUUUUUGUCCAGGUUGCAAACGCUGUUCACUUCUUGCACACAAAAGCCUUGGUAGUCCAUCGAGACAUCAAGGACGAAAACGUCAUCCUCGAUGGCGAAGGAAAUAUUAAACUCAUCGAUUUCGGCAGUGCAGCAUACAUCAAGAGCGGCCCCUUUGAUGUGUUUGUGGGUACAAUUGACUAUGCUGCUCCCGAAGUCUUAGCCGGAAAACCUUAUGGCGGAAAAGAGCAAGACGUUUGGGCUCUUGGCAUUCUACUAUACACCAUUGUCUACAAAGAGAACCCCUUCUACAGCAUUGAUGAGAUUAUGGAUCGAGACCUUCGCAUCCCGUUUAUACUCAGCGAGGACAGCAUCGACUUGAUCCGCUGUAUGUUGAACCGAGAUGUUAGCCAGCGAUAUACAAUAGAACAGGUGCUGGAUCACCCGUGGUGCAAGGCACACCAAGCCAAAUAG